AUGGACAACGAGAGCGAAACUAGGGUUUUGGCGAUGGGGGAUCAGGAUGCAACCAUGAUGGAUCUUGGAGAAAGGGCUCGACCUCCGGGAGAUCCACCUGAUGGGCAGAGGGUCAGGGUGAGAAACUUGAUGGGGAGCAACUCGGUUGGGAUGCCCCGUCCAGAGGAGGUGUUGGAUGAUGCUUUUGUGACUGAAAGAGUGUGUUUGGAGUUUCCGAAUGGCGAGGAUGGUGAGCCAGUAGUCACGAUAGGAUAUGAAGUCUUAGAGGCGAUGUAUGGUUUGUGGAAAAACUGCAUGAUUGUCAAAAUGUUAAGGCGCAAUGUUUCCGUCUCGGUGUUGAGUAAAAGACUGAGAGAGAUGUGGAAGCCGGUGGGAAAAAUGGCCAUGUUAGAUCUUCCUCGAAACUUCUUUAUGAUCCGUUUUGAUGUUGAAGCCGAGUACAUGGCUGCACUCACAGGUGGGCCUUGGCGAGUGUUUGGAAGUUAUCUUUUGACGCAAGCUUGGACGCCUGAGUCAAUUUUGAUGUCUAUUGCCAAAGGGUUUGGUAAGCCACUUAAAUUUUAUCUUAAUACUUUGAAUGUUGAGAGGGCUCGUUUUGCACGGGUUUGUGUGGAAGUGAACUUGAAGCGGCCUCUGAAAGGUACUGUGAUGGUGAACGGUGAACGGUAUUUUGUCUCUUAUGAAGGUCUAUCUGCCAUUUGCUCUAGGUGUGGGAUGUAUGGGCAUUUGGUUCAUAAUUGA